AUGUAUCCCAUUUUGUUCAUAUCUAUCUAUCUUAAUCAGUCUAUCUAUCUAUCUAUCUGUUUGACUACACAUUACAUAUCUAUCUACAUCAUUCUGUUCAUAUCUAUCUCAUAUCUAUCUACGUCAUUCUGUUCAGAUAUAUCUCUUUCUCUUUCUCUCUCUCUCUAUCUAUCUCAGAUUUAUCUCUCUCUGUUCAGAUCUAUCUAUAUAUCUAUCUCUGUUCAGAUCUAUCUAUCUAUCUCUGUUCAGAUCUAUCUAUCUAUCUAUCUAUCUAUCUGUUCAGAUCUAUCUAGCUAUGUUCAGAUCUAUCUAUCUAUCUAUCUAUCUAUCUAUCUAUUUAUCUAUCUCUGUUCAGAUCUAUCUAUCUAUGUUCAGAUCUAUCUAUCUAUCUAUCUAUGUUCAGAUCUAUCUAUCUAUCUAUUUAUCUAUCUAUCUAUGUUCAGAUCUAUCUAUCUAUCUAUGUUCAGAUCUAUCUAUCUAUCUAUCUAUGUUCAGAUCUAUCUAUCUAUGUUCAGAUCUAUCUAUCUAUAUAUCUAUGUUCAUAUCUAUCUAUCUAUCUAUCUAUGUUCAGAUCUAUCUAUCUAUCUAUCUAUCUAUCUAUCUAUGUUCAUAUCUAUCUAUCUAUCUAUGUUCAUAUCUAUCUAUCUAUCUAUCUAUCUAUCUAUCUAUCUAUCUAUCUAA